CCGGUCGCGGGCGGCGGUGGCUACACGGGUGGCAGCGCGGUCCCUGCGGGAGGCGCUGCACAAGCCGAUCAGCGGCCGCGAAGCGUCAAGCCCAGCGCGGCGGCGGCGACUAAGCAGCCAACAUGGCGGCGGCGGCGGCGGCGGGCCCGGAGAUGGUCCGCGGGCAGGUGUUCGACGUGGGGCCGCGCUACACCAACCUCUCCUACAUCGGAGAGGGCGCCUACGGCAUGGUUUGCUCAGCUUACGAUAAUCUCAACAAAGUUCGAGUUGCUAUCAAGAAAAUCAGCCCUUUUGAGCACCAGACCUACUGCCAGAGAACCCUAAGAGAGAUAAAAAUCUUGCUGCGUUUCAGACAUGAGAAUAUCAUCGGCAUCAAUGACAUCAUCCGGGCACCAACCAUUGAGCAAAUGAAAGAUGUAUAUAUAGUACAGGACCUCAUGGAGACAGAUCUUUACAAGCUCUUGAAGACACAACACCUCAGCAAUGACCAUAUCUGCUAUUUUCUGUAUCAGAUCCUGAGAGGAUUAAAAUACAUCCAUUCAGCUAAUGUUCUGCAUCGUGACCUCAAGCCUUCCAACCUCCUGCUGAACACCACUUGUGAUCUCAAGAUCUGUGACUUUGGCCUUGCCCGUGUUGCAGAUCCGGAUCAUGAUCACACAGGGUUCUUGACAGAGUAUGUAGCCACACGUUGGUACAGAGCUCCAGAAAUUAUGUUGAAUUCCAAGGGUUAUACCAAGUCCAUUGACAUCUGGUCUGUGGGCUGCAUCCUGGCAGAGAUGCUCUCCAACAGGCCUAUCUUCCCCGGGAAGCACUACCUUGACCAGUUGAAUCACAUCCUGGGUAUUCUUGGAUCUCCAUCACAGGAAGAUCUGAAUUGUAUAAUAAAUUUAAAAGCUAGAAACUACUUGCUUUCUCUCCCGCACAAAAAUAAGGUGCCAUGGAACAGGCUGUUCCCAAAUGCUGACUCUAAAGCUCUGGACUUACUGGAUAAAAUGUUGACAUUUAACCCUCACAAAAGGAUUGAAGUUGAACAGGCUCUGGCCCACCCAUACCUGGAGCAGUAUUAUGACCCAAGUGAUGAGCCCAUUGCCGAAGCACCAUUCAAGUUUGACAUGGAAUUGGAUGACUUACCUAAGGAGAAGCUCAAAGAACUCAUUUUUGAAGAGACUGCUAGAUUCCAGCCAGGAUACAGAUCUUAAAUUGGACGAGGGCUCAGAGGACUGGACGCGCUCAGAUGUCGGUGUUCCUCCCAGUUCUUGACCCCUGGUCCUAUCUCCAGCCCGUCUCAGCUUACCCACUCUGACUCCUUGGAGCUGCUUGGAGGGGCAGCUUCUGGUAGUAGUGGCUUUUAUACUUUCACAGAAUCCCUUCAUCCAGAGAUGUCUUCUGACACCAGUGCCCUGCAGCAGUGUGCACUUCGGUGCACUCACUGCCUACUCUUCUUUAGUCACUAACUGCUUUCUGGUUUGAAAGAUGCAGUGGUUCCUCCCCCUCCUGAUUCCUUUCUACAUGUCAUCCUGCUGAACCAUGCAGCCUCACCAGAGCGGGAAUCUUUCCAAACUGGCCCCAGUCGCUGGCAUCUCACUUUAUACAGUGAGGAAUGCUAUUACAUAAGGCACUUUAAGUCAGUGACAGCUCCAAAUUUGCACUUCAUCUGUUUGACUAGUAACUGUCUACCCAGAACAGGAGCUUGUAGACAUCCCUGGAUGGUAUUGCAGGCUUUAGGGGCAGGCACUUCUGUCACAGGAGUCCUUUGGGGGCAUUUUUCUAUGUCUCAUGUUAGUCCCAUAUUUAAGGUAUCGGAUUACUAUUCUAGGAAGCAUUUUACCAGCAGUGUAAUUCUGUUGUAAUGGAGGUAUAGCACUUGCCAAAAUGUUCCAUGCUGUCCUUAGCCAGAGACUUAAAAGUAACAGUUCUUCUGCUUGUCAUUUGCUGCAAGAUGCACAAGCACUGAGCUGUAGAAGUUUCUGGUGAAGUAGAGAGCAAGCUGACCUAGAUGUUGACGGUGAAGCUCCAUAUAUGCCUUGAGCUGUUUUACACACAAGGCUGAUUUUGUAACCGCAUUCACUGCCUUGGGGUUUAGCUAAGAGGAACACUGCAUCUUUAAAUGAGAAAGUGUACAGUUCUUCUCCAAAGCAUGCCAGCAUCUCAAGCUCACUUUUCAGCGAUGUAAUGACUUGUAAUAAAGCCUUCAUGAGUUCUCAUCAUGAAGCUCUGCUCUGUUGCCAAGUAUUGAGGUGUUUCUGGUACUGCUGAAUUAAUGUCAUAAAAGACUAGCAGUAACUGU